CUGCACCAGCCAAUAGACCACUGGUUGGCCCGAAUCGAUCCACUGUAUAUAGCUCGCGCACGGCACAGUACAGUGUGCACACUCUUCUCCAACCGGCUGGCUGGCUCGGCAGAACGGCAUAAAUAAAUCUUUUUUGUCAGAAUGUUGUCACGACCGAUAAAUAGUUUGUGCUCGCUGCUGCGACGCACCCUGAUGCCCACCAGAAGGCUGAUGUCCACCGUGCAAGACCCCCCUCGCAUUUUAAUCACCGGCAGUUUGGGACAGCUGGGAACCGAACUGGCAAGGCUGCUGCGUUCUAAGUACGGACGGGACAAUGUGAUCAUGUCGGACAUCGUCAAGCCAACGAAGGAAAUCCUCGAAAGCGGGCCGUAUAUUUUCACGGACAUCCUCGACUUCAAGGGGCUGCAGGAGGCCGUGGUGAUGCACCGUGUCGACUGGCUCAUCCACUUUUCGGCUCUGUUGAGCGCGGUCGGCGAGCAAACCGUUCCUCUGGCCGUGCGCGUCAACAUCGAGGGCAUGCACAACGUCAUGGAGUUAGCCAAGCAGUACAGCCUCAAGAUUUUCGUGCCUUCGACCAUCGGGGCUUUCGGACCCGACUCACCCCGCGACCCCACGCCCAACGUAUGCAUCCAGCGGCCCAAGACCAUUUACGGAGUGAGCAAAGUGCACGCUGAGCUCAUGGGCGAGUACUACCACGAACGUUUCGGCCUCGACUUCCGCUGUCUCAGAUUCCCCGGAAUCAUUUCUAGUGAUAGCAACCCUGGCGGAGGAACUACAGAUUACGCAGUUCAAAUUUUCCAUGAUGCACUGCGAACGGGUCAACACAAAUGCUAUUUGCGGCCGGACACGCGUCUGCCGAUGAUGUACAUUGACGAUUGUUUGCGUGCACUCUGGGAAUUCAUGGUCGCACCCGAGGAACAGCUGAAAACACGCACCUACAACGUCACUGCCAUGAGCUUUUCCCCCGCCGAGAUCGCUGACGAGUUGCGAAAACACGUUCCCGGCCUCGAGGUUACCUACAAGCCUGACCAACGGCAAAAGAUCGCCGAUUCUUGGCCGAUGGUAUUCGACGACUCGGAGGCGAGGAAGGACUGGGGCUGGUCCCACAAGUACGACCUGGCCGAAAUGUGCCGCGUUAUGGUUUCCAAUAUCCGCAAGAGACCAGCUUGACUUGUUCCCGAAUCAGAGCACAGCAGAAGCGCACGUGAAACGGUACUGAAAAGCCACUUCUGCAGCAACACGAGAAUGAAACCCUUUGUGCGGGUUAAGGAGCAUUUUCCUCUAACUAUAGGUUGUUCAUGAAUUCAAAAUCAAUCAAUGAAGCAAGAAAAAUAUUUUCAUCACUUUCCCCGACAUUGACAUAAUGCAAAAGGGUUUGCAGCUAUUUGGAAGAAUAAAGAGGUAUGUUAUUAAAAGGAAAGAA